AGCGGCUGGUUUUUGCAAUCAGAAUUCCUCUCCAUAUAUUGCCCAACCUGAAACCAUGCUUUCAGAAGUCAAGCUCUAGUGUGUACUCCUAUCUCUGUAAACAUUGCAGUUGCAUCAAGGAAUACUUUCAAUCUCGAAAUUUGUGAAUAUCCAGGAGAGUGCAUUUCAUUCAUACUCAGAAAAUGGCAGCCAUGGCAACAGUGAACGGUACAUCAAUAAUGCAGACUACCAACUUAGCAAUCACACCCGUGGCUGCAAGCCAUUUGGGCUCGCGCACCGUCCAGCUCGGAGUCACACGCGUACUCUACAACGCCACCCUUACCACCAGGUCUGCAAGGAGGCUCGUCGUGGUCGCCGCCGGAAACCCGGAACGAAUUGACAACUUCGUCGACGGAGCCAGGAAAGACGCCAGCCAAAACGCGAAGAACUUCGGCAACCAGGUGGCGGACGCCUUCGGCAACGCCCAGGAGACCGCGAAGGACGUGGGUCGGGACAUGGGCGCCAAGGCACAGGAAGCCGUCGACCAAGGCAGUAAGAAGGUCGACGAGGCAGGAGACAAGGCCAGGGAUGUAGCCAAGGAAGUGAGGGGCUCCACCGAGGAUACCUUGAAUGCUGCCAAAGCAAACAACGGCCAAUCUGUUGCGGACAAGGCGCAAAAUGCUGCAUCCAACGUGGGUGACAAUUUGAAGCAGAACUUCGAUUACGGAACUGGGGCCGUGCAGAACGCCGCCGAUGACGCGAGCAAAAACGUGAAAGACGCCACUAACCGCAACCUCUAGAUUUUUAGGGUUUGCGAUGUCGAUGUGUACAGGAAAAGUUCUGUACAACCGAAUCUAAAAAGUAUAUUUGUUAUUAAAAAAAAGGUAUCAUAAUCAGGAGUUGUGUUCGAAGAUUUGAUUUCGUCUCAAACUUUUCAAUGUAACUAUUUACUUUUAUAAAGUACCUUUUGCCUUGUAUGAUAA